AUGGCCCUGCCAUCUCGAGGUCGUCUUUUGGAGCUAUCAAAGUUACAAUGCUCGAUAUUCUCGCACACAUUCAAUCCCAAUCGACAGCGACUAGGCAAUAAAAUCCUGCGACAACGGUUAAAAGGCCCAACGAUGGCCGCAUACUACCCUCGGAAGUCUGUCGCUAUGGGCGAUAUCUUGAAGGAGUUUGAGAAAUUUGGCCUUGCAGGCUAUGAUGAAGAAGAAUUGCAGCGGGUCGACAGUGUUAACACGGCUAAGAUGAGAGGCAAGGGUGCGCCCAAGAAGAAGAGGACGGCAGCAGAAGGCAGAGCGGCCAAGAAAGCGGCCGGCAAGAAGUGA